GAAAAGACGAACAGUUCCUCAACGCACUGAGUGCGCAUGUACAGAAGUGUACGGUUUCGUAGAUUUAUAGCUGUUUUAUCAAAUGUUGCGUUUCCUGUUGCUGUUCAAUCGCCAGGGAAAACUCCGACUGCAGAAAUGGUUCGUGCCGACAUCAGACCGGGAGAGGAAGAAGGUGAUCCGUGACAUGAUAAUGCUGGUGCUGCCCCGUCAGCCUCGGACCUGCAACUUCCUCCGAUGGAAGGACCUAAAGAUUGUUUACAAAAGAUAUGCCAGCCUGUAUUUCUGUGCUGGUCUGGAGGAGCAGGAUAAUGAACUUCUUGCUUUGGAGGUGCUGCAUCGAUAUGUUGAGCUGCUGGAUAAAUACUUUGGUAAUGUGUGUGAGUUGGACAUCAUCUUCAACUUUGAGAAGGCCUACUUCAUCCUGGAUGAAUUCCUGAUGGGAGGAGAGGUUUUAGAAACGUCCAAAUUUGCAGUGAAUGUGUCUAUGGAGCAGGCUGACACGCUACAAGAGACAAUGGAGGAAUAUAUGAGCAAACCUGCCUACUGAGCCAAGAGAGGAUGAGGAUGUUGGUGAAAAUGUGUUAGUAGUGUGACCCUGAAGACUCCUUUUUAUUCAUCUCAGGGUUCUUAGAAGGAUUUACUGUUCAGGUGUGUGUGCUGUGUGUCGGUGAGUAAAUGGAGAAACACAACACAGUAAGGAAAAAAUAAAGUCAAUGCUUUAUUAACCUCAGGAAUGUCACAUAUGACCACAAUUAAGAAAGAAUUACAAAAAACACACAGGAAUCUAAGGAGUUGAACACUGGCUGUGACUGUCUCUGUAUGUGUGUGUGUGUGUGUUGGUGGGUGUGUGUGUGGAACACUUAAGGCUGGUGAAACAUUUACUGCAUGUAUCGCCGAGCAACAAAUUUGUAUUCAGCAAAACAUCAAAUGAAAGUCUGAACACUGAUUUUUACCAAUAAAUAAGAACUUUUUUAAAA